UACAGAGCGGAUAUCCUGCGUGUUACUACGGCAACAGGAGGUGAGCGGCUGUGUGUGAGACGUUGGGGCUGAAAAACACAAUUGAAGAGGAGUCAGAGCAGUAUAAACAUGUUUUUUUAGUAAUCCCACACGGUUGUAACGUGCAUUUUUGAGCAUGUUUACGGACGAAGCUCUGGACUGUGUGAGUUUCAACUCAGUCUGGAGGAAGAGUCAACAGAGUGCCCGAGAGGAGAGAGGCUGUCAGACCAGAGCUGUUCACAGCAUAGACUCAAAGAUCCAGACCUCAUCCACGACAGAGACCUGCACCCAGACCGAGCCAUGGGAUCAGAGAACUGAGGAAAUCCUCUAUAGCCCAGAUGACCCAGAACCACCAGGCCUGCUAGACUUUCUGCUGCGGGUCGAGCAAGUCCUUAUAAGAGAGUUGACGAAAAACUCCAGGAGUCAUGCUUUUGAUGGGUUCCAGGUGAACUGGUCUGGUGAAAGUAAGCAGGUUUCACGUCUUCAUCUGCUUCAACAUCCAGCUGCUCAGGAUCGGGGUCUUCAUGUGACCAGUGUCUCCUGGAGCUGCACAGGUUCAGUCAUUGCUUGUGCUUUUGGUCGUAUUGAUGAAGGAGACUGGAGCACAGAAAGUUCAUAUGUUUGUACGUGGAACCUGGACCGUAGACACCUGAGGCCCAAACAGGCAGACUUGGUCAUCGAUGUUUCCACGGCAGUCACUGCUCUCCACUGCCACCCCUGUCAGCCAGCUCUCAUUGCAGGAGGCCUGUACAAUGGGGAAGUGCUGGUCUGGGACACAAGUCGGACACAGGACCUGGUUCUGGCUCUAACUGGAAUGUCAGCUGACAGUCACAGAGAACCUGUUUAUCAGGUGUCCUGGAUACCCUUGCAGAAGAAAGGAGACUUUGGAAUUCUUAGUGCUUGUUCUGGAGGCAGGGUUCUUCUGUGGACCGUGGACUCAGGCCAGGGCAAGUUGGCCCUGAAUGCAGCCUAUGCCUUUGUGCAGCAGCAGCUUCCUCGCAGCAGCAGCUUCAAGACUCGUGUCCUCAGCAGCAGCAGCUUGGUGGGCGUCACCUCCCUGUCUCUGUGUCCUUGGGACUCUGACACCUUCCUCGUGGGCUCCGAGGGAGGCCUCCUGCUCAAAUGCUCCUUCUCUUCUAAAACGCCUGCAGCUGUGUGCUCUGACAACCAGAGUGUGGCGCUCAAGGCUCCAGCUGUAUUCUCCUUUCAGCCUCACAAUGGUCCUGUCCACUCGGUCCACUGCUCACCUUUCCACAGGAACUUGUUUGUGAGUGCAGGAACCGACGGUAUGGUCCAGGUCCACUCCAUGUUGCAGGUCAACCCUCUUAUGUCCGUCAGAGUCUCUGACUCGUACAUCUUCCAGGUGCAGUGGUCUCCAACCAGACCACUGGUGUUUGCUGCUGCCACUGGACAAGGUGAGGUCCAGAUCUUUGACCUUGGUCAUCGAUCCCUCAAACCAUCAGCCACCAUCACACAGGAGGUGGUCGGCGGUGCCACCACAUGUCUGGACUUUAAUGGUCAAAAUCCUCGUCUGCUGGCGGUGGGAAAUACAGAUGGGACAGUCUGUGUCUGGCAGCUGCCCUCUGACCUGACGGAGCAGAGACCCAGAGAAAGCAUCCAGCUGGAGAUGAUAGCCAAUCAGGUGGCAGAGUGACAAGAAGGUUGUGGUCUCAAUUGGAAGUUCUUGGGGAUCAGUGAAGUUCUGGACUUGAGCUCUGGAUAUUUUGGACCAACUGUUAAAAGUCUGCUUCAGUAGAGAGAUUUUCACCAUUUAUCAACACUGACUGCUCUGUCUCUCUCUCUCUCUCUCUCUCUCUCUCUGUGACUGCUCAGUCACCAAUGGUGUCAAAAUGGCCGCCAACACAGUUCAGCUAUUGAACAAAAGAUUGUGAAGGUAAAGUGUCAGACUGUGGACAUGUCUUCAUCUCACUGUUACAUUUUUCUAAAACACAAGUGAAGUUUGGAACACAUGAAGUUUCCAUUUUUCCAGAGAAAAGAAAAUCAAGCACUUUUCAAAGUUUUCAAGCUCUAUUUACCUUUUGGCAGUAGUUACUGUUGGCUAUUGAUCAACUUUAGCUAUUAAAGGCUAAACCUUUUGUAACAGUUGGGUCAUUUUUAACAGACAAUCCUUGCUUUUCUUUGUUGUCUUUAAUGGGUGUGUCUGUAAAAAUGAUGAUUUAUUCCAACAGUGAUAUAAAAACCCAGUCAUCAACAGUUUCCAGUUGUAACCAGUAGCGUUUAUUAAAACACACUGCAGUUGGUCAUUUACGUUGUUGUCGUGAAAUCACUAUUAGCUUCUGGAAUCAUAGUGAAGCAGAAAAAGCUAAAAA